AGCCCGCCCUUUUCCGUGGCUCGGUCGACUGGUCCGCGCGGUGGAACCCGGAGCUUCGAGGCCAUGGCACGCAGGAGCAGCUUCAGCCUACUCGCGCUGGUCGCGCUGGUGCUUUUCCUGGGCGCAUGUCGGAGCUUUGUGAACUUGGCGACAGCGCCGGCACCUCCGCGAGUGUCGUUGAGGGCCUCCAUUAUGGCGCAGGAGACCAAGAAGCCGAAAUCGAGACAACAGCAGCAGUUCAAGUUCCCCAGUCAGCUGGAGGGUCUCAGUGCCGAAGAGAUCAAGGCGCGAAAGGCACGGGCCUUGGACAUCUGGGAGUCGCUGAAGCCCGACGUGGAAGCCGAGAUGGAAAGGUACCAGACCUUCCGCGUGGACAAGUUUGAAGAGUUCAUGCGUGCGGAUAGUCGAGGGGUGGCUCUCUUCGAGCUCUACAAGCCGGGCACCCCGGAGUAUGCUGAGCUCUUCGAGGAGACGCUGGGGCCCUUCUUGCUGGACCUUGCGAAGGGCAAGCUGCAAGAAGGAGCGGCGCUCCACUGGGUGUCAUCCUUGUGGUGGGCAUCAUUGCGGCAGUCCUGGCGUACUUCGGCACGGACAUCAUCCAGGGCAUGACAAGCCCGUUCUCGGGCUUCGCAGAGCAGUUCGUGGAACUCUAUGGUUUCUGAGGUGAGCCGAUGAGCGGCGACGGCGCGAACCGCCACGGUGUCCGUGCCACUCUCACCGUGUCUCACCCACGAGCGGCUGCGGUGCUCGAGUGGAGAGGUGGUCAGACCACGUGCGAAGACAGAGCGGUAGACUCCAGGAGGACCCAAAAAGAAAGAACGCUUGGGUUUCUCCUGGCCAGCAAGUCGUUGACCCCGGCUCUCUUCUGCACUGAAGGAGUCCGAGUGACAUCUCCGGAACACCGUUGAAAACGCCGCACGUGCCGCAAGAGCUAAGCGCCAUUUUCGUUCAGCGACCUGACAAGAGCUAUAGGCCCUUUUUUUGGAGGCC